UGCAUUCCCGUCUGGGCAACAAGAGCAAAACUCCAUCCCCCGCAAAAAAAGUUUUUGUUUGUUUGAGCCAUAUAGGUGGCUCCAAAUUUGUAGGUGGCCUGUGGUUUAAUGUCUUUCUCUCCCAUUUAACUCAGCUCCACGGGGCACAUGGCAUCUCCCUCUGCUCAUCACAAUGUCUGGAUCAAACAAAUGAAAAACAAAAACAUGAUGGCCUCUCUCGGCAAAGCUCCAGGGUUGGAAAGAGUCUCCUGGCAGGGAAUUGGCACCCCGUCAUGCCCAUCCUCUCUCUCUUACUGCCUGCUGGAAAUGCCCCCAUCUCCCUUUGAGUCCUCCUCCCAGGCGACCCCUGUGACCUGUAACCUCUGUCCUGAAAUCAUCACAAUGGCCAGGGUGGCCUCAGCUCAGGGCCUCUGUGACAUCACCAAGGGCCUGGCACCAGGUGCCCAGUCUCCCAGGUGCGAGGGCAAGCAAACCCAUCAUGAGAACUCCCUUCCCCACCUCUGCUCACCAUGUGGACACUGAAAUGGUCCCUGGUCCUGCUUCUGUGUCUCACCUGCAGCUGUGCCUCUAUGUUCUCUUCUCUGAGAGAGAAAACUAGCAAACCCCAGGGGAAGGUGCAGUACAGAGAGCACUUUCGGAUUCGGCAGAAUCUACCAGAGCACACCCAAGGCUGGCUGGGGAGCAAAUGGCUCUGGCUUUUGUUUGUUGUUGUGCUGUUUGUGAUACUGAAGUAUCAAAGAGAUAGUGAGAAGAAUAAGGAGCAGAGUCCUCCUGGCCUUCGAGGCAGCCAAUUUCACUCUCCAUUAAAGAAAAAAAGAAAUGCUUCCCCCAACAAAGACUGUGCAUUCAAUACCUUAAUCGAACUCGAGGUGGAGCUUACGAAAUUUAUGUCCAAAGUGCGGAAUCUUAAAGGUGCCAUGGCAACAGGCAGUGGCAGUAACCUCAGGCUUCGAAAGUCAGAGAUGCCUGCAGAUCCACGGCAUAUCACGAUCUGUGACAUAUGGGGAGAAGACAGCUCUAGCUGAAUGGAUUUGUGUCAGGAGAGAAAUAAGUUGAGUAUUGACAAACUGUAUGCAAACUAAUAAAACUAUUCUGAAGAAAAGAA